GAGGGGACGCGCUGCACCGUGAAAACUCCCAGGAUUUACACUCUGCCAUUUUGAUCAAAAACGCGGCCGACAUCGGAGUUCAGACGUGUCCAUCAUCCAGGAGUCAUGACUCAAACUUAAAGACUUACCACAGCGAAAUCUGCCUCUGAAUUGAAGUUCAUUUGUUGUGAACUCCAGCGCCAUGUGUUCCACGAAACAGUCAAACUGGGUCACAUUUGAUGACGACAGCGGGCCGCUGUCGCAGCCUCCCAAGCCUCAGCAGUCCCCAGCUCUUAUCAAUGCAUCGUUACCACGUCCCAAUGGUCUGAAGUUGGCACUUCCUCCAAUCAAAGAUACUUCCUGGAGCUUCAAUAAUUCCCUGGAAUCUCCUCGAAGCCGCUCAAGUCUUGGUGGAAAAUCUUCAUGUAACACGCCCGUUUGCACUCCUGUGAGUCGAGCUGCUAGCAGUGCUUCCCAAUUUCACUCAAAAUCCAGGGAAAAAAACAUCUUCCGGAGUUUCUCCAGCCCAUCAGGCACAUCUGUUUCCUCUCUUGCAACAGAACCCCAGAAUCACGCUGCUGACGAACCAAACCCCUUCCCUUCUUUCCAGGGGAACUCGGGACACUAUAACCCGUUCUGGAACGACUCUGGACUCAGUGCAGAUGCCGGCAGCUCCUCCUCAGACUCAGACACGGACAACAGCCUACCACGUUUCUUUAUUCGCACCAAAGACGGCAGCGAGCCUCCACGGGACCACCUCCAGAACUCUUUCUCCGAUGUUUGCCACAACUUUGAAGAUCUACAAGUAGGGACUGAUCAGAAACCAGAGGCACAAAAGGAUGGGGAUGGGGAGAGACGCCUUAGCUGCAAAACGGAGGUGUUACGUGAUGAUUCAUCUCAGUUCGGUCCUCGAGGCCUGUUUCGUAGCCAAAAGAGAGACGGCUGGUCUGUUAUGCUUAGGAUUCCGGAGAAAAAGAACCGCAUGUCCUCUCGACAGUGGGGGCCCAUCUAUGUCCGCUUGUUAUCGGGAGGCGUGCUGCAGUUGUUCUACGAGAAGGGCCUGGAGAAGCCUUUCAAAGAGUUCCAGCUUCUCCCUCAGUGUAGGCUCUCGGACCUCAGGGUGGAAAGCCACGGCGAGCCCCGGAAAGUCCUCACAGUCAGAGUGGAACAUUUUUCCUACACUGAAAAGAAACGCUAUCACCCAAAGUUAGAGGUCAGUCAUGAGCCGGAGGUAGAGCAGCUGCUCAAGUUUGGCUCCACGGCGCAUGACGAGAUGGAGGACCUGGUCGUCUCCAUGGAGGAGGAGAUCUUUAAACUCGGUGUGUCGCACCAGCAGAGGCGACACCACGAGGAGCAGGAGCUGUCGUUGCAGAUCACCGAUCACAUUUGGAUACAACUGAACAAGUCGGGGGAAGUCAUUGAGCGGACGGCCUUCACCCAGAUGCACUGUCUUGCUUUCCUGAACGGACAAGGAGACUGUUUUCUUGCCCUCAACGAUCUCGGGUUGCUGCAGUGUGACUCCAGCUACGGGCCCGAGGAGGGCGGAGAACCUUGGAUGGAGAUCGCCGACUGCCAUUUCCAUAAGUGUGUGAACGAGGCAGAGUUUCAGAGGUCCCGGCUCCUUAAGUUCACACCUCCCGAUGCUUGCAGGGUGGAGCUGAUGCGCUACAAAACGACAGUUCUGGGCUGCACAGACACUCCCUUCUCAAUUAAAGCUGUGGUUACGGUUCAGGGGGCCUACGUGGAGCUCCAGGUUUUCCUCAACAUGUCCGCAACCUUUCUUGCUUCUCUCCGAGGGUCUGACGUUCACUUCCCUCUGUGUGAGAACGUAGUGAUCCGUGUGCCGAUCCCUGGCGAAUGGGUGAAAGUGACCCAGACAGUGGCGUUACUGCGGCAGAGGUCGCUGAAGGCCCGGAUGAACAGAAACGCUUGCCUGGGGUCCGUCACCGCUGCAGACUCUCAGCCGGUAAUGCAAGUGUCGAUCGGCUCUGUCAAGUACGAAAAUGUUUAUUCAGCCGUUGUGUGGAGGAUCGACAGACUGCCUGCCAAGAAUACAGCGGUGGAUCAUCCCCAUUCCUUUUCUUGCAAACUGGAGCUGGGAUCUGAUCAGGAGAUCCCCAAAGACUGGUACCCUUUUGUCACGAUGGAAUGUGAAAUCAUGGGUGCAGUUGUGUCGCAGACAAAGGUUAAGUCUCUCGGCACUGUGAACGACAUCCAGCCGCAGAAGCAUGUGACCAGCUGGACCCGCUACCACUUUCAGGUGGAAGUGGAGAAGAAGUGGAUUGAGACAGAGUCACAGAAACAGUCUGGUUGUAUGACACAGUGACAGUUAAGGGAGCUCUGAAGAGAACAUUAUCCAUUUCAUUCAAAAUAGUUUCCGAGAUAGAGAUCUUCAUUACGGUGAAAAGGGAUGCCAAAAAUGAGAAUGUUGAGGGACUUGUUUUUUUUUUUUUUUUUUUUUUUUUAUAUCAGUCUCAAAAUAAUCUAAUUACACAUAACCUGGGGUACUUAUCAUGGUGGUUAACACAUCUUGUAUCAUGAAACUAAAUAUUUCUAGAUCUAAUCAACAGUUUAACAGUCUUUUUGCCUAGCACUUUACAUUUAAUAGAUUUGUUGUAAGAUUUCAGUUUAUACUACUGUGUGUGUGUGUGUGCGCGCGAGUGUGUGUGUGUGUGUGUGUAUGUGUAUGUAUAUAUAUACUGUAUAUACAUAUGCUUGUAUUUGCAUCAUGUGCACUGUCCUCUAGAACGACCGUGAUUUAGUGAUGACAAGAUGAGCUCAUGACUAGCUGAAGUUUGAGGGUGGGGUCAGACUGAAGUUUCCAUUCUUGACUGAUUUUUCUGGCAAGUUUUUAUUGCUGUUUUUCAGGAAAACAUGCAUUCCGUGUAUCAGUAAGUCUUACAAAAUGAUCUGCAAGAAGAUGCAUUUACAAAGUAAAGCAGCUGUUGCAAUUUUCAAAUGAGCUUAACUGUAACAGCUCUUAAAUUCUCUGCAGCUUUACAUAAAAUGACUGAAAUUUGCUCCUCAACACUUGCAAAGUGAGAUUACUUUUAUUUACCUUUUUUUUCUUUUUUCUUAUCUUCAGCAUACCUUUUUGUCUUUAGAUCAAUGGAAGUAAUUUGGAGGACUGUAAUUUUAUUUAAAUCAAAUCUUUAUGAUGAGAUCUAUCUGCUUAUGGGUUGUAAGUAGGGUUGGAAUAAAAAAACAUAAAAAUAAAAAAUGGUGU